AUGUUUCGAGUCAUGUGCUUCGCGGUCAUGUCGUCUAUGCUCGCUCUUAUCGCCAUGACGCCUCUCCUUGCGAUCCCUUUCAUCUUGGUCGUGAUGUCUCCUCUUUCGCUCGCUGCGAUCCUCCUCCCCUCCUCGCUCUCGCUCACGAUGCCGAUCAUGGGUCCUAGAAGAAUGACCAUGACUGCUGCUGCGAUGGUGGCCAUCUCGAUGACUGUGCCUGCUGCCAUCCUUGCUCCUGUGACCAUCUCUGCCGUCCCUCUUUCUGUCGCUGUGACUGCUCCUGCUGCUGUGAUUUCGCGCUUCGUUGUCGCCGAUGUCAUCCCGAUGUCGGUGAUGGUGACGGUGCGAAGAGCGGUCAUGUUCAUGGCGGCGGGAGGAAGAUUCGCCCGCAUCUUGUGUCGUAUCUCCGGUCAUCUUGCUCCGCAGCUUAACAGAUCGCGUGAGAGCAACGAAGCAGAGCUGUUGGAGCUCCGAGAGAUGAAUAGAAGUACACUGUCAAAGGUGCGCUUCCUCGAAGAAGCCACCUGGAUGAACCUCGUGCCCAUCGACCAGCCUGCUGCUGCCAACAAGGACUGUUGCGGUUCCGACGCCAUCCGGCUGUACCCUCCGGCCUCGGGUCCGGCUGUGUUUUGA